GAAGAACAUGAGCACGCGCCCUAAGUGACUUCCAAGCACUUCAGAUCCCAUUCAACCCGCUUAAGAACUUAAACAGACCCAAAGUUUACAGAAGAAAGAUGAUCGCCACUCAAUUACUAGCGUACUACUUCACUGAGCUUCACCAUGACCACGUCCAGAAAGUGGACAAGUACCUGUAUCACAUGCGACUGUCCAAUGAGAACCUGAUGGAUGUCUCCAAGCGCUUUAGGAAGGAGAUGGAUAAAGGACUGGGUAGAGACACGAAUCCAACCGCAGCUGUCAAGAUGCUUCCCACCUUUGUACGCUCCACACCUGAUGGCACAGAAACUGGUGACUUCCUUGCCCUGGACCUGGGAGGAACCAAUUUUCGGGUUCUGCUUGUCAAGGUGUCCAGUAAUGGAAUGCAGAAAGUGGAGAUGGAGAACCAGAUCUAUGCCAUUCCAGAGAACAUCAUGAGGGGCUGUGGGUCUGAGCUCUUCGAUCACAUAGCCGAAUGUUUGGCCAAUUUCCUUGAAAAACUGGGCAUCAAAGAGAAGAAGCUGCCUCUUGGCUUCACCUUUUCAUUUCCUUGCCAGCAGACCAAACUAGAUGAGAGUUUUCUGGUGUCAUGGACCAAAGGUUUCAAGGCAAGUGGAGUGGAGGGGAAAGAUGUCGUGAGCCUGUUAAGAAAAGCCAUCAGGAAGAGAGGGGACUUUGACAUUGACAUUGUAGCAGUGAUCAAUGACACCGUUGGCACCAUGAUGACCUGCGGUUAUGAUGACCAUCACUGCGAAAUUGGCCUCAUUGUCGGGACAGGCACCAACGCGUGCUACAUGGAGGAGAUGCGGCACUUGGAGCUGGUGGAUGGUGAUGAGGGCCGCAUGUGUGUGAACAUGGAGUGGGGCGCGUUCGGAGAUGACGGUGCCCUGGAUGACCUCCGCACCGAGUUCGACCGGGAGAUCGACGCUGGCUCUCUCAACCCCGGCAAACAGCUAUUCGAGAAGAUGAUUAGUGGGAUGUACAUGGGCGAGCUGGUCAGACUCAUCCUGGUGAAGAUGGCCAAAGAUGGGCUGCUCUUCCAGGGUCACACCACGCCAGAUCUGCUCACCACCGGACACUUCCAGACUUCCUUCGUCUCUGCCAUUGAAAAUAGGAAGGAUGAUGAGGGUAUAGUGAGUGCAGAGCAGGUGUUGAGAGGGCUUGGACUGGACCCGACACCUGAAGACUGUGUAGCCACCCAGCGAGUGUGUCAGAUUGUGUCCACGCGAGCUGCUCAUCUCUGUGCUGCUUCACUAGCGGCUGUGCUACGGCAGAUCCGUGAUAACAAAGCCUCAGACAGAUUGCGCACCUCUAUCGGCGUGGAUGGAUCAGUCUACAAAAACCACCCAGAGUUUGCUCGGCGUCUGAAUAAGAUGGUGAGGUCUUUGGUUCCAGACUGUGACGUGCGUUUCUUGCGCUCUGAGGAUGGCAGCGGUAAAGGGGCUGCCAUGGUCACUGCAGUGGCAUACCGCUUGGCGAAGCAGCAUGCAGAACGUCAGCGUGUUCUGGACACACUGCGUCUCGGUCGAGAUCAGCUCCUGGAGGUGAAGAAAAGGAUGGAGGAGGAAAUGAAACGAGGCCUGGCUAAAAAAACACACAACAACGCCACCGUCAAAAUGCUGCCCACCUUCGUGCGCUCCACACCAGAUGGAACAGAGCGUGGUGAUUUCUUGGCAUUGGAUCUGGGCGGCACAAACUUCAGGGUGCUCUUGGUGCGCGUUCGAGGUGGGAAAAGACGAAACGUGGAGAUGAAUAAUAAGAUCUACACCAUCCCUCAAGACAUUACGCAAGGCACAGGCGAGGAGUUGUUUGAUCACAUAGUGCACUGUAUCGCUGACUUCUUGGAGUACAUGGGGAUGAAGGGGGCUUCACUUCCUCUUGGAUUUACCUUCUCAUUUCCCUGCCAUCAGGACAAACUUGACCAGGGUAUCCUGAUAAAGUGGACAAAGGGCUUCAAGGCCUCGGGUUGUGAAGGAGAAGAUGUGGCAUCCUUGCUGAAAGAUGCCAUUCAUCGCUGUGAGGAGUUUGAUUUGGACGUAGUGGCUGUGGUGAAUGACACUGUGGGCACGAUGAUGACCUGUGGGUACGAGGACCCGCAAUGUGAAGUUGGACUUAUUGUGGGUACGGGAACUAAUGCGUGCUACAUGGAGGAGAUGUCAAACGUUGAGCUGGUGGAUGGAGAUGAAGGCCGCAUGUGUGUGAACAUGGAGUGGGGGGCAUUCGGGGACCAAGGGGAGCUGGAUGACAUUUGGACAGAGUUUGAUCGAGCUGUCGAUGACCAGUCUACUUACCCAGGGAAACAACGAUAUGAGAAGAUGAUCAGUGGGAUGUAUCUUGGAGAGAUUGUCAGAAAUGUCCUGUUGCACUUUACUGCCAAAGGUCUGCUUUUCCGAGGCAAACUUUCAGAGAGACUGAAAACUCGCGGGAUCUUCGAGACCAAGUUCUUGUCGCAGAUUGAAAGUGAUCGUUUGGCAUUGAGGCAGGUCCGCUCCAUCCUGCAGCAUCUGGGUUUGACCAGCAGUACAUGUGACGACAGUAUUCUUGUGAAGGAGGUUUGCAGCGUCGUGUCCAAACGGGCAGCACAGUUGUGUGGAGCUGGUCUGGCAGCCGUGGUGGAUAAAAUCCGUCUGAACCGUGGCCUCAAUCAGCUCAGCAUCACAGUUGGAGUGGACGGCACGCUCUACAAACUUCACCCACACUUUGCCACCAUCAUGCGGGAGACCCUUAGAGACCUGGCACCCAAUUGUGAGGUCAGUCUCGUCCAGUCAGAAGACGGCAGUGGAAAAGGUGCUGCCCUCAUCACAGCGGUGGCCUGUCGAUUAAGAGAUGCGGGGAAGUAGUGACUGAGUGAAAUGAUCUAAAGGGCAAAAGAUAAUGAGGAGGAAAGAAAAAAGUGAUGUUCUGAGCUUCCUAAGAUUUUCAGUGUAUGUGUGUGUUUGUGUGUGUGUGUGCGCCACAAUGUGACCUUACUGAACCAACACUCCUGUUUUGUCCAAGAAUGUAACUUAUUUAUUUUUCUCCAUUUUAUGCUUUUGAUCACACUUUGCAAAGACUCAGCGUGUGCUGGUGGGGGGGUUAUAUGAAGAAAAGGGAAAAAAGGAAAGCAAAUAACUAGACUACAUCCUUUCAUGGUUAUAUUAUAUAUUUGUAUAGUUACUGGUUUGAAUCAUUGUACUUUCUAUAAAAAAA